AUGUAUUCCAGGAAGUAUCUCACUCCUUGGAAAGUUGGAGAAAUGUUUUAUGGCACAAAGGCCUGUCCUGUAUUUCUCGUCUUUGACAGUGAUGCUUUCCUAGCUGAUUUGACAGUUGAACUGCCUUGUCACUGUAAGCCAGAGGAGGUUCACUCAGUGGUAUGGUACUAUCAAAAAAAAAUAAGCUCCAUAAACAUCAAGGUCCUGUCAGACUUUGAAGGUACCAAAGUGGUUGGCAGAGGAUCAGAUCCUUUUCCAUACGUUUUUUUUAGCCUUGUCAUUUUCAGGGUUGACUCAGAGCACUAUAUCUGUGGCACGGCCUCUGGGGAAUUCUUCUAUGGCCAUAGCAUUGAUGUCCAGGAGGUCCAUCAAGUUUUAUUUCCCUGGAUCCUCAAUAAGAAAGCACAAGCAGAAGAACCCAGCACCAUUAAAACUGAGCUGUUCCAGGUGUUCACCAGCUACAGCCCAUGGUCUAGAUGUGACCGAUGUGACAUCCAGGAAGAGCAGACCCAUGUGGGCCUUUGUUAUGUCUAAAAUCUAACUCCACCAUCCCCAGAGAAACCAGCUCUGCUGAAAUUUCUUGAAUAUGAUGAUCAAGCUUCGGCAGGAGUCUCCAUCCACUUCCACAACCACACCAUAGACUCUGAUCUUGUCUUGGCCUGCCCUGGUGUCAAACCACAAUAUGCCGUGGCCUGGGAUAAAGGCUCAGUACCACUUUAUCGCUCUCGGUAUAUGGAAGGACUGAAUAAGACUUCUCAUGUCUUCAUUUACACAGAUCACCACCUACACUUCAGACCUAUUGAGAGUUAG